UGCAGAGCGAAGUACAGAGCUACCUUCAAUCAUGAGCGACGACCGAUACCCCGUGGUUAUCAGGCUUAUUGGAGUGAUGCACAAGGAGACGAACAAAAUGUUUAUGACGUCGGUGAUGUGGUCGGAUCAGAGUGAUAUCAUAGUUUACCGAUCAUUCCAGGACUUCAAGAAACUGCAUAAGCAACUGAAAAAGAGAUUCCCACCAGAAAACCGCUUCCGCAAAUCAGACAGAUUAAUUCCCAGGUUCAGAGCAAGGAACACGGAGAAGAGUUUUCAGAAGAAAGGUCCUAGCAAGUCAAUGCUGCGCCUCAAGUUUUUAGAGAGGUACUGUGACCAGCUGCUCAAAAGUGACCCCAGCGUCUCCCAGAGCUCUGAGGUCAUUCAGUUUUUCCUCCCGCAAACCCAGGACCUGCAACCGGAUUUCUCUAAAAACAGCAUUGUCAUCAUGCCAUCUGAAGACGCCUCAGAGAGUGGAGGUGGCACGGGCAGCGUGGGAAAUGUUACGCAGCCCUUCGUGACCGAGGCUUACCGGUGCGUGGCUCCGUACGAGACAAAGGACACCAAGAACCGUCCCUUCAAGGUGGCCGUGGACGAGAAGGUUGACGUGCUCAUUAAAGACAAAGCCGGCUGGUGGCUGGUGGAGAAUGACAGCAAGUGUCUAGCCUGGUUCCCAGCACCUUACCUGGAGAAGUGCGAGGAGGAGGAGGAUGAGGAGGACAGCCCGGAUGGCACAGAGGAAGGUGUGCUUUACUGUGCUGUAAAGGGCUACAAGUCCACUAAAGGCGACGAGGUCUCCAUGAACAUCGGUGCGGUGGUGGAGGUGCUGCAGAAGUCCGACAAUGGCUGGUGGCUCAUCAGGUAUAACGGGAAGGUGGGCUAUGUUCCCUCCAUGUACCUGCGGCCGUACGCCAACCCCCAGGUGCGCUUCAUAACUCUGCAGAAGGAGAUGCGCAGUUCCACCCUCAAUCUGGCGCAGCUGCAGGUUCCCGGGGCGACGCUCAGCCGCUCCCAGGGUGACCUGCAGUCGGCGGGCAGCCCCCAGCCUGACAGGGACCUCUCCCUGGCGAGCAAGGAUAGGUCAAAGUCACGCUCGCUGGACGUGCUGUCGGAGCCACGGGGGCGGGUCGGAGCCACGCCCCCCUCCAUCAUGGUGGAGCCCCCCAGCGAGGGCUGGCGGCAGGACAGCCUGAGCGGGGCGAGCGAGGCUGGCAGCGAGUCCAGCCUCAGCGAUGACUCGUCCGCCGGCGACCCCGCCCUCAGCCUCAGCCUGCCCACUGGUGACUGGCGCCUCCGCCGGAGCCUCACGCCACCCCCCACCUCCAGCCCCGCCCCCGCCGAGGAGAGGAUGGUGCCCAGCAACUCGGACCCGAACCUUCUAAAGGCGCCCUCCACUCCCAAGGUGCCGCCGCGGCCCCACGCCCAGGAGAUCCUCACCCGCUGCACAACCAUCACCCGCAAGGCCGCGCAGAGCCCUGGCAAGGCCCGCCUGUCCCCCAACGUGGGCCAGAUGCAGAGUCGCUAAGCAACAGCGUGACUGGCCCCACACAGCUACAUGCUAUCAAAGAAAUCGUGUUAAAAGAUAUGAGCACUGAGCACACAGAAUGCAAGCAAUGGCAGCCUUAAUUCUGACCAUGCCUUUCUCAACAAGGUGUUAUCAGGGAUGCAUAGCAGUCAUUAGAAGCAUUGAAAGUCAUAUCAGUCUUAUAACUCCAUGUUAAAAUGACACAUUGGUACAACUCUUUGAAGUUGGCUUUACAAAAGAAAUGUGGAAAUGGGUCAUGAUAUUGAAAGAAAGGUAAUAUAUGUCUUUACAAUGACAGCACAGUGCUUUAUUGUAAACAUUUAGUUGUAAAGUAGGU